AUGCCACUAAGCCUAUCCGUAAAAGUGUUUAUAUUAUAUUCAAUUUUAUACCUAUCAAACAGUCAAAGUCAAUUUUAUCAAGUUCAACCGCAUGAUAUUUCUGCCUUAAUUGGUUCGAAUGUAACUAUUCCAUGUGUGAUUACUCCACCUCAUGGUGAUGUUCAAUGGACUAAAGAUGGUCUUGCAUUGGGUUACGAACGACAAUUAUCAGCAUUUCCUACGUGGUCAAUUAUAGGCGAUGAAAAUCUUGGAGAAUUUAAUUUUUUUAUUCAAUCAUUAAAACACGACGACGAAGGAUUGUUUGCUUGUGAAGUUUCACCCUAUAAUAAUGCACCAGCACUUAAACAAAUUGCUCAUGUUAAAACUCUUGUACGACCGCAACAUGUUCAAAUCAAUGAUCAAUCGUCGUCAUCUGAAAUUACAAUUAUUAAAAUGAGAUUUGAUGAUAAAUUUCAUCAAAUUAGUUGUCAAGUUGAUGGUGCUAAGCCAGCGGCUCAAAUUAAAUGGAUCAAUGAAACUGGUCACGAGUUUCUUGGCAUAUCAAGAACAUUACUUAAAGAUAAUCUUUUUUCAACUAUCAGCACUCUUACGGUUAAUCCAUCAUUGUUGCUCGAUAAAAAACGGUUCAUGUGCGAUGUUCGACAUGAAACAUUAACCGAUAGUCUCAAUCAACUUCGAACUUUUUUCGAAGUACAAAUUAGUUUACCACCGUCCAAUCCUGUUAUUUAUGGCUAUUCAUCGGUGUCUCGUUUAGUCAACGGUUCAAGUCUAAGUCUCGCAUGUCAAACUUACGGUGGUCAACCAUUAGGUACACUUUCAUGGUAUCGACUCGAUCACGGAAAUGAACCAUCGUAUUUAAUUGAUAAUUCAUCGAUUAUACAUCAUGAUGAAAAUUUCACGGAAAGUAAUAUAUCAUUGUUUGUUAAACCAUCAGAUAAUAAUAGUACACUGUCAUGUCAUGUUACUAAUGAAUAUCUUGAUUCGUUAAGAAAAACAUUAGAAACAAAUAUUACUUUACAGGUUGCUUUCGGCCCAUUAUCUGUGCAUGUUCUUCAAAACAGUAUGAAUGUAACAACAUUAGUUGAAGGCACUCCUCAACGAUUUCUAUGUCGAACAUCAUCAUCAAAUCCUCGGCCUACUGUUGUUUGGAAAAUUGAUGAACAAAUUCUUUCGUCCGAUAUCGAUCCAAUAGAAGAAUCAGGUGAAUUCGCUGGUAAAAUAAUUCAAUUAGCAAAAACAAUUGGCUUAGAUAAAUCAUUACGGCACUAUCAUAAUAAAUUACUUUCAUGUGAAGCAACAAAUCCUGAUACGGGUCAUACUGUUACAGAUUCAAUACAAUUAAAUGUUAUAUAUGACGCCUUCAGUAUUGAAAUGUAUGGCUUAACAAAAGAUAAAAUAAUAAAAUCAGGUGAUAGAGUCUCCGUGGAAUGUAUUCUUAUCGGAGGAAAUCCACUUGGAAAAAUUAUUUGGUAUAAAGGCGAUCAAUUACUUCAUUCGGAAUCGACAAUUGAAACCAAUGAAAAAUAUGUUUCAAGUCGUGUAGAAUUCAUUGCAUCACCAUCAGAUAAUAAUCGAUUAUUGACAUGUCAAGGACAAGUCGAAGAAUUUCCUCGGCACAUUGCUUCGUUUAUACUUAAUAUUACCUUUCUUCCAAUUGACAUAGCAAUUAUUGAAAAUGAACGCUUUGCAAAUUUAUCAAUGCAUAGUGGUGAUGAUGAUGAUGAUGAUAAACAUUAUGAAUUUGAAUGUCGCACUUCACUGUCCAAUCCACAAGCACAAUUAACAAUAUUUCGACAAUCAAAUGAUGGAAAAAUACAUCCGGAUAUUCAAUAUAUAACAUCAUUAUCUUACAUUAAUGGCAUUAAUUCAAUCAAGUUUACGUUACCUCGAAUUGAUCUUUCGCUUCAUGAAAAUCUUUUAACAUGUAAAGCAGCAUUCGCUGCCGACAUUUCAUUUCAAACUAAACAAGUUACUUAUAUACUUCAUGUUAAUCAUAAACCGUAUUUUCAUGAAUUUAAUCGAUCUAUUGAGGUGAAAGAAAAUCAACCGUUUAACAUAACACUUGAAGCAAACGGUUAUCCAAUGUCAAUAAGCUAUACAUGGUUUCAUCCGUCGGGUAGACAAUUAAUGAAUGAUCCAUUAAAUAUAUUUAUCAAUCAAGGACAAUUAUCCAUAAUGAAUAUUCAAAGAAAUGAUUUAGGAAUUUAUCGAUGUAUAGCAACAAAUUCCAUUGGACAAACAGAAGCUAAUGUGACGUUAAACGUUCUAUAUGGGCCUGUUAUAACACGAACACAAGGAUAUUCUGUAACCGAAGCACUAAUGCCUGGUUCGUCCGCCAUACUUAUCUGUGUGAUCGAUGGUAAUCCAAUUGAUUUCAAUAAAGUACGAUGGUUUAAAGAUAAUCAAGAAAUGUCUUACGCACAAUGGGAAAAACGAAUUGACAGAAAUGAAGUAUCAUUAAUACGAAAAUCUAUUCAUCGGCAAGAUGCAGGACAAUAUGCUUGUGAAAUAGAUAAUCAGUUUGGCAAUAGCCAUGCAACAUUGCCGUUAGUUGUUCAAUAUGCACCAGAAAUCGACCGUAGUGAUCCAAGUCGAAGUAAAGCAGCUACCGAUUCUGAUCGCUUUCUUACAGCAGAACUUCAUUGUCAUUUAUCUUCUGUACCUAAACCAACAGUCAUAUGGAUGAAGGACAAUCAAGUAUUAUCACCAUCGUCUAAAUAUCAAUCGAUACUUACUGAACGAAACCCUUCAACUUCGUUUUCUUCUAAUCUUCUAUUCGAUGUUAUUUUCUAUGUGACUAAUGUUACGAAAUCUGAUUAUGGUAUCUAUCAAUGUCGAGUCGAAAAUAAACUCGGCAUUGAUAUGAUAGAAAUACUGUUAACUGGACUCACUAUACCUGAUCUUCCUAGUCAAAUUCGUGUGACGAACACGUCGCAUACGUCAUUAUUCAUAAGUUGGACACCAGGCUUCGACGGUGGCGCUCAACAAACAUUUCAAAUACGUUUUCGUCUUUCAACAGAGAGUCAAUAUGCAUAUCAACAUAUGCCGUAUGGUAAACAUUCAUUUGAAUUAAAAGAUUUAAAAUUAGGAAGUCAAUAUCACAUAAGUAUACGUUCGAAUAAUUCACAUCAUCUAAGUAAAUGGACUGAUGAAAUCGUUAUAUCAACAUCGGACUAUUUGCCAUCAUUAAGAUUUCAUUUAUCGGAAGUACCUUCAACGAAAAUUUCUUUUACACUACUUAUUAUCAUUGCUAUCAUUGGUUUAAUCAUUCUUUCGAUUAAUAUAAUACUAAUGAUAUUUUUCAUAAUAAAACGUCGUCAAUCAACUGUUACAACAAGUGAAAAUUCAUCAACAACAGGAACAAAUGAAACCGAAGCAAAUACCAUUGAUUUAUUUCAACCAGUUCCGUCGAAUUUUUCAACAACAAAUACCUAUAAAAAAUAUGAAGAUGAAGAUAUUAAACGACCAUUUGUAUCUUCAUACUCAUCAGCUACUUUGUCGCAAUCGGAUAAUGCGUCCUAUGCAACUUUAAAGAAAAAUUAUAUUUCGCCAUACGAUAAUCUUCGAGUAUAUAAUUAUUAUCCGUCGAGCACCGACAAUAGUCUUGUUACAUAUCGAAGUUUUAAAGAUGGUGUGAAUACUUCAAUAGAUACGAAUGGAUGUAUUCGAACUGAUCUUGUUUAA